GAAACCAAAGCUCGGAUCUGAGACUCGGUGCUGAAAUACCGGAAGAUUUCGGAGGACGAAGGAGGAGGAGGAGCUCCGGCGAGGACGGUGAUCGGCGAAAAUGGUGCUGGUCUCGGCGGUGCGAGACUACGUCAACCGGAUGCUGCAGGACAUAUCCGGCAUGAAGGUCCUCGUCCUCGAUUCUCAAACCGUCAGCGUCGUUAGCGUCGCGUAUUCGCAGUCCGAGCUCCUCAAGAAGGAGGUGUUCUUGGUGGAGGUGGUGGACUCCAUUUCCAAGUCUAGGGAGUCGAUGUCGCACCUCAAGGCGGUUUGCUUCCUCCGCCCGACGUCGGAGAACGUUCAGCAUCUGCGGCGCCAGCUCGCGAGCCCUAGGUUCGGAGAGUAUAACCUCUUUUUCUCGAACAUACUGAAGGAUACGCAGAUACAUGUUCUGGCUGAUUCGGAUGAGCUAGAGAUUGUUCAGCAAGUUCAGGAGUUUUAUGCAGAUUUUGUUGCUAUAGACCCUUUCCAUUUCACAUUGAAUAUUCCGUCAAAUCACAUGUAUAUGCUCCCAGCAGUUGUCGACCCCCCAAGAUUGCAGCAAUUCUGUGACCGAGUCGUUGAUGGUGUUACUGCAGUAUUCUUGGCCAUGAAGCGGAGACCUGUGAUCCGUUACCAAAGGACCUCCGACAUUGCAAAAAGGAUAGCACAAGAAGCGUCGAAGUUGAUGUAUCAACAGGAAAGUGGACUUUUUGAUUUCAGACGAACAGAAGUUGCUCCAUUGCUGCUGAUAAUUGAUAGGAGGGACGAUCCUGUGACUCCAUUGCUGAAUCAAUGGACUUAUCAGGCAAUGGUUCAUGAGCUGAUUGGCAUUGAAGAUAACAAAGUUGACUUAAGAAGCAUAGAGAAGCUGCCUAAAGAUCAGCAGGAGGUUGUACUGUCAUCUGAACAAGAUGCUUUUUUCAAAGCUAACAUGUAUGAGAAUUUUGGUGACAUUGGAAUGAACAUCAAACGGAUGGUUGACGAAUUUCAGCAACUUGCCAAAAGUAACCAAAAUAUCCAGACAAUAGAGGAUAUGGCCAAAUUCGUUGAUAACUACCCUGAGUAUAGGAAAAUGCAUGGGAAUGUUUCAAAGCAUGUGACAUUGGUUACAGAGAUGAGCAAGAUAGUUGAAGAGCGAAAGCUAAUGGUAGUUUCGGAGACAGAGCAGGAAUUGGCUUGUAAUGGUGGCCAGGUGGCAGCUUUUGAGGCUGUGACGAAUCUUCUGAACAAUGAAAAUGUGUCCGAUAUCGACCGUCUGCGCUUAGUGAUGUUGUAUGCACUUCGAUAUGAGAAGGAGAGCCCUGUUCAGUUGAUGCAACUCUUCAACAAGCUAGCUGCUCGAUCUGCCAAGUACAAGCCCGGGCUAGUUCAAUUCUUACUGAAGCAAGCUGGUGUGGAUAAACGGAUUGGAGAUCUUUAUGGGAAUCGAGAUUUUCUGAAUAUUGCUCGCAACAUGGCACGCGGAUUGAAGGGGGUGGAGAAUGUAUAUACACAGCAUCAACCUCUUUUGUUCCAAACCAUGGAGAGCAUCAUAAAGGGCCGAUUGCGAGAUGUGGAUUAUCCAUUUAUUGGAAACCACUUCCAGCAGGGCAGGCCACAAGAGGUCGUUAUUUUCAUUGUCGGUGGGACAACUUAUGAGGAAUCACGGUCUGUUGCUCUUCAAAAUGCUAGCAAUGUGGGAAUUCGUUUUAUACUUGGUGGUUCUGUAAUUCUGAACUCUAGAAGGUUUUUGAAAGACCUGGAAGAAGCUCAGAGAAUUGCUCGUUCCAGCACCAACAUGGUGUGAAGAUCAGAUCCUCUUCUCGGCAAUUACCAAUUAUGCUGUUUAUGUUCAAUUCUCAUCCACAGAGUCUGCUAUCUGGAGCAGCUUGUUAAUAUCAUUAGAAGAAAGCUGGCUCCUUCAGUGUCAAGCCAUGCAGGAGGAACAUCUACCUAGUUCUCCACGAUUAACUCGAAUAUUUUCGUGCUCCAGUCGUAUAGAUUUUGCUCCGGGAUAGAGAAAAGAUAUCAUAUUCGCACGGCCCUAUGGCUUUUUUUGUAAAACCACAAUGAGGAUACAAAUUUUGUGUUCUUGGGGAAAAUGACGGUGACUAGUGAGAUCCGACUUUUCCUCUUCGAUAUUUGCCAUAGAAGUGCAGACACCGCACAUAACGGGAAGCUGUAUGGACUAGUAGCAUAGCUGUGAUUAUCUUAGACUGGUUUAGUUACGAGGAACCCGAGAUUGAUUUUACGGGGCAUUGUCUAUAAUCUUUGAUAAAUCUGGGUUUUACCCAAUUGGUCUUUUGGUCUGUUGGUUUUGUAAUGGAUUUUGCUGUGAAAGAUUUGUAUCAUAUAUGAUCGGAAA